UGUGCUCUUUUAUAAAUGCACACUGUUGGGAUUCUCUCCAGUGGAAAUUUCCUAUGUUCAACCCUUGCUCCUUGGAACUCAUCACUCCUGUUGUGUGUCUUAGGCAGAGUGGUGAAUGUAUCGAGCCAAAUAAUGCGUGAUGCCCUGAAAAAGUGCAGCCCAGAGCUGCAGCAGAAGUUUCGCAGUGAGACCAUCACAGAGGAGGAGCUGGUGGGGCUCAUGAACAAGUUUGUGGAAGAUCUGAAAAAAGGAGUGCAUGAGAAAGAAGGCUGGCCGGACAGUGCAUAUGCGGUGACCAAGAUCGGGGUGACCGUCCUGUCCAGGAUCCACGCCCGGAAACUCAGCGAGCAGAGGAGAGGGGACAAGAUCCUGCUCAAUGCCUGUUGCCCUGGGUGGGUGAGAACCGACAUGGCGGGACCAAAAGCCACCAAGAGCCCAGAAGAAGGAGCAGAGACCCCCGUGUACUUGGCCCUUUUGCCUCCAGAUGCAGAGGGACCCCACGGGCAGUUUGUUCAGGAGAAAAAAGUUGAGCCGUGGUGAACUCAGCUCUCACCUCUGCCCACAGCAGCCCCUCCCUGCUUUCUGUCCUGUCCUGAAGUGAUACAGACCUCUAAUUCCAAUUCUAAGAAGUUUUGUGACCUCCUCAAAGAGAGAAAAUGAAAUUGUUGGAAAUAAAGAAUGAAAAUCAAGAUGAACUAAA